AUGGCAGCGGCAGGGGAGUGUGAACACGGGAAGCCUCUGGCCAUCACCAUCACUGCUCUGCGUUCUGCCCAGACGCUCGCUCACCUGCCUGCCCGGCUCUCCCUCCAGCCGCCUGUGGGCGAGAACCACCUGGGGCGAUGCCAGCAGGAGGCUGAGGAGGUGACGGAAAUCAUGCUAGACAACUACACCAAGGUGUUGGACCGCGAGGGCAAGCUUAGCGAGCUGGAUGAGCGGGCUGAUGAGCUUUGUAAACAGAGUUCUGCCUUCACCAAGACAACAAAGACCCUGGCCCAGAAGAAACGCUGUGAGAAUAUGAGAUGCAAGAUCAUCCUGUUGGUCGUGGUUGCGGUGGCUGUUCUGCUCAUCGUCUUAGCCAUCAUCCUCUACUUCACUCUCUCUGGAUCCGGGAACCAGGUGGCUCCAGCAAAGACCAGCACUGGUGGUGACUGAUCAGCUGAUCCAGUUCUGCCCAGGAUCCUCUCCCCAACACCAGGCUUUCAGGGGUG